UGUCCCUUACCCUGCCUCCAGAACUGCUGCUACUUGCUACUUGCUACUUGCUACUUGCUACUUGCUACCUCCUACACUUGACAACGCUCGUCUCAUCCUCCAUCUGUAACCUGGGGCCCAUGCACGGCCUUAUUAUGACGAUAAUUGCCUCCCGUCUCUAAGAGUCUAAAACAUUAUCUUUGUUAUUACUGCACACUGCACCGGCUCCGAGAGUCAUCCACCAGCCUGGUCCCAGUCUCACUCCCGGUCCUGGUCCCGGUCCCUGCGCGGCCUGUACCCUGAAGACUAAAAGAGUGACGAUAUCAUCGCUGUGAAGCAGCUGUUGAAGACUGAAGUGUUGAUGAGCUGUCCGACCGCUGAAUUUUAAUCAUCGUCGAAGAAGCAGUUCGUCCAUCUUCUUCUACUGCCACACUCUGACUUCUACCGCUCCGCUCCGCCCCGCUCUCCUCCUCCUUCGUCACGAGCUCGACCAUCGACCGACCGACCUCAGCCAACAACACUAAAGCACGCAGCCCCAGCGCCCAGCGCCAUCGCCUGAUUUUCCGAGACAUCUGUCGACACCCCUGCGAACCCAUCGAGUGUGUCUCGUCCAAAUGCAGGUUUAAGCCCGGGGGUCUGGUGACGGGUCACGAGACAUUCUGCACUGGAGCUGCACGCCCAUUUUCGCUCUCUUUGCUACAGCUACUUAAUCCACCUCGCGUGCACGCCUUCGUCCCGCCGUGCGUCGCCCGCCUUGCGAGGCUGAACAACAAUCAACAACAACACCAACAACAACAGCAAGUCCAGUCAUCAUGGCCAUGCCACCACAGUUCACGACGCUGGGCGUUGAACUGCGAAGAAGACCGACUUCAGCUGAGAACAAUCAUCACUACAACAACAGCAAAAACAACAAUGCAGCUGCAGCUGCUGUGCCCGCAGCACCGGCCCAGGAUCCGCCGGAAGUCCGACCUGCAAGGUCCUCGCGGAGAGUCACCAGCUACCACAACGCAUUCCAAACCUCCUGCGCAGUCUCGACUGACGAGCCUCCGCCGUAUGCGACAGCGCUACGCACACCCGCACGAGCACUGCGUGCCGUGCAUCAUGGGAAGGAGGCAUUGCCCAAGUACACGUGCACAGUGGGUAUGGAGGGGAAGCUGCUACUGAAUUUGGAGUCCACCAAUCCGCUGCAUGGCUCGUGCCAGGGCGAAUGGCGAGAGGUGUACGUGGUGGUGCGGGGAACCAUGAUCAGCUUCCAUCGCGUCACGAGCGCUGGUGGUGCGGGCAAACUGCUACGCUCAUACACUCUGCAGCACGCUGAAGUAGGAUUGGCAUCGGAUGUGGAGCAUACCAUACUGGUCCCACAGAGCCGACUUGCCCAGCUCAUUCCCUCAUCUGCCAGACGGAGAGCUUGGCAGCGGGACCCAGACCUCUAUCGACCUGUGGGCCAACACAUCUUGCGACUACGCAUCGAGACCGAUCAAAUCAUCCUGGCGGAUGCUUGCGAAGACCGCAUCUGGGAUCUGAUCAACACUCUCAGCGCCGGAAUCGACAUUUCGCAGCCCCUUGACGAGCGCAGCAUACCGAAGCAGUGCACUGUUCCUCGGCGAAGACGACGACAGCGGCCACACCAUGCCAAUGUCAAUGACCUUUCCGACGCCGCCCUGCUCGCUGAACAGGAGCGCAUUUUCCGACACAUGUACCCCGACUUUGCUGGGGCAAGCACGAGACCCGGAAACACCCGAACAGAGACGCAAACUACCAUUCCUCAGAAUCCAGAACGCGAAGAAGACGAAGUAGACAUUUCAAUGAUGCGCGAAGAAGUGGCCUCGACUGCCCACUCACAUUCCACGACACAGUCGGACGAAGUCACAUCGCGUCCUGCCAACGUGAGGCAGACGACAUCGACCACGAUCAAUUCCGUGCUCUCGGAGGACAUGAUGUACUCCACCCCGACAACCAACUUCAACGAAGAUGGGAAAUGGCAACCUCCGCACUUGCGGACGCCUGCUCAGUUACAACGCUACAUUCGCAGGUGCAUGCCAACACUCAAUGCGGAUGCUACUCGAGCGAGCGACAUCUUGAUGGUAGAUGGCAGGAGGAUGAAACUGAAUUGGCGAAUGGAGCUCCUGGAACCAUGGGAACUACAGCCACCAGCCUACAAAGCUCACAACUUUGGCACUAGCGGGACCAAUCUCGUACGUGCGAGUUCACAGCGCUCAUCGACAGCGUCCGCUGGGCAAGCUGGGCCACAGUCAUCGAGCUCAAUGGUCGGCGACUGUGAUCCGAUUAUGCCCUUGGGCAAUCCCUUGGAAGCCCUACACCUGACCAAAGUGGUCUCUGUAACCACCACGAUGGACAAGGACGGAAAUCAACGCCACCUUCCCACGAACGACGACGAAUCCAAGACUCGGCGUCCACAGCAAACCUCGCACACAGAUGCGCAUGGCGUGGUAUUCUGCUUUUGAGGGAGAGAGUGCGAGAGAGAUAUUCAACAACAUGCCAUGAGAUAUGAUGAAACGACGAAAAAGAUGCAUUUUAUGGAUGGUGAUCCAGACAUCACCUGCGUAACCAACAGCCUCGAGGAAGGAGGAAGAGGCAUAUCUCUUAUGUAUCAAAGUCUAUAUUAUGAUGUCCCACAGCACCACCGAACGAACGGUCCAUGCGGAAUAACGAUCUAGUGUAGCAGCGAAGAACGGGCAGCGAUAUUUUUUUUUAUUUUUGCUUUAAGAUACCACUUUAGUUUUUCUUUUUUUGGGAAAGGCACGUUGGCCCCCAUGCAUGUAGUGGACAUGCAAAAUUGCACAGAUUUUAC